GUUUAUAAAAGCAGGUGUAUUAAACUGGAUUUUCAGUAUAUUUCGUUUAUGUGCAUUCAAGUUUUGUAAACAAGAUGCGUAUUAUAUCUCCAUGGUCAAUCAUUGCAGUGUCAGCAGCUCUGGCUGUUGUAGUUAGUAUAACUCCUGACACCUACUUUGAGUGUGAGCAGUACCCAGGAGAUCAGUGGGACCAGAUAGAUAAAACAAACAGGGAAUGCAUGAGGGAGAAUGUUGACGGGGUGGAUACAAUGUUCUGCCGACACUGGGAAUGUGCCCAACUUACGUGUCCAGAAGAGGAACAACUAACCUGGAUGGAUGGCUGCAAAUCAUGUCAAGGAUUUUGCUCCUCUGGUGGAACAAUUUACCCAGAGGGUUCGAAUUUUAUCUGUGCGGACAACACCAAUUAUUGCAGCUGUAUGGAAGGUGGUGGGUUUGCAUCUACACAAAUGGGAUUCACGCGCCAAAAGUUUUGUAAUGCUACUAUCGUUGACCAGUAAUUCAAAAAUAAAUCUACGCUUCUCAUUCAAGGAAGAAGCA